GCUACUUCCGACGGCUAUCAAGCCGACUGGACGGGUGACCCGGCAUGGAUAUUUUUUAUUUUUUCGUCUACGUUUCGAAUUAUGCGUCCAGGGCUUGUUUCCUCUGUUGCAGGCCAGCAUGUCUUCUCCUUUUUUUUUUCUAGCCCUCUUCGGUCACGCCGAUCGUCGGGAAAGGGGAAGUGUCCUCUGUUUCCGACUGUUGCUGUUUUCUUUACACUGCCUUCCCUCCCUCCCACGAUGCCGGGGUGCUGAUGAACUACGCCCCGCGAAACCAGGAUGGUGGAGGAGGGACGCUCAUAGGCUUGUUUCGGUGCACACGAUGGUCCGAGUUUGAGCCCAUGGUGUGCUGUCCGUGUGGGAGGAGCAGGAGGAGGAGGAGAGCUGAGGCAGCAGCCGUCAAACUGUCAGAAGGCAGCGCAUAUAAUCUUUCCACCAAUCUCUUGCAUGCUGAGGCAGAGAGGGACGAGGUGGAAGAAGGAAUGUUUCAAACACAAGGAAGCGCCACCGCCGUCCCGUCCGGCCCAAGGCAUUAGCCAGGAAUUAUGCCUGCAACGUCGCACGCCAAUGGGGACACGGGCAUA